AUGUUGACAAAAUUGAUUUACUUAAAUCUUUUUUCCACAUCAUUAUUUCCAACGAUUUAUUCGACAAUAAAAGCAAGUUCAUCAUCAUCAUCAAUUCAUUCGGCAUCAAUUGACAAAAUUUAUAAUGUACCAAUGAAAGAUAUAAGUCGUCCAUUACAAUCAGUACUUGAUGAACACAAAGUUCAAUCAUUAAUGAAAACUAUUCAAACAAUGGAAAAUGAUCAAAUACCCCCAAUUGAUGUUCUUUGGUAUGAAGCACCAAAUUCAAAAAAUAAUUAUUUUUUUGCUAUGGGCGGUUGUCAUCGUUGGGAAGCUUAUAAACGUUUAAAUUCAGAAACUAUUCGUGCUAAACUUGUUAAAAUAACAUUAAAUGAUUUAAAAAUUUAUUUUGGUUCAUCUUUACCUAAUUUAAAAUAA